CGCUCGUAAAUUAAAAACGACCGUCGCAGUUAUGGCACCACCAUGGGGCCGGAUCAUCUGCAUCAAAAGCGGAGGGCAAUUUCACAAAAAUCAGUAAAGGAAUGGAGGGUGCACACAAUGGACGCGAUGACAGCUUAAAGGAGAAAAGUACCGCGGAUAGUUUUCUUUUCCCUCCUCAUCCUCCUGUGUUCCUCGACGCAUGCAGACUGCACUUGGCAUUCCGAGGGCGUACCACUCAGACCCCUAGGGGCUCACCUGCUAAAGUCUAGACGCACUGAAAUAGAUCACUUUUCACAGCAUCGGGCUGCCUGCUGUCGCUAGCAUACGGGAGAUAGAGAGAAAGAGAGAGUGAGCGGGGCCAGUUUCCGCCUGUCGCUUGUGUGCCACAUACAGCACUAUUACUGCUGAGCAAGACUGGGGGAUUCCACCGCAACAGAGGACCAAAAUUCCACCCAGCGGUGUCUGCGCUAAGGUGCUCCAGACGGCGGCGGGGGAGAGGUUCGUUGAACCCGCGUCUGUCUGUCUGGUGGUGCCUGCCUCCUGCUUGAUCGGUGCGCUCGGAGCUCUCGGCGCCCCUGGGAAAGAGAAAAAAGUGUUUGCUCUCGAUAAUUCUGCGCUCUGCGUCUCGCCUGUGUUCACAAUGAAUGGCUGCCUGUAGCGAGAGCGAGGGGAGAGAGAAGGCUUCUGGCUCCUCCAUUGAAACACUUUCCAACAGAUUACCGUGAGGGGACCCUGUAGUUAGCGGGCUAUGGCUCAGACGCUGCAGAUGGCCAUUCCCAACUUUGGCAGCAACGUGCUGGAGUGUCUGAACGAGCAGCGACUUCAGGGCCUCUACUGCGACGUCUCGGUGGUCGUCAAGGGCCAUGCCUUCAAGGCACACCGGGCUGUCCUGGCGGCCAGCAGCUCCUAUUUCCGAGACCUCUUCAACGCCAGUGGGGCCGAUGGUGGAGUGGUGAUGGGCACCAAGGGUGGAGGAGGAGUAACAGGCCUAGGUGUGGGCGGGGGGUCGGUGGUGGUGGAGCUCCCGCCUGCCGUGCAGCCCCAGAGCUUCCAGCAGAUCCUGUCCUUCUGCUACACGGGCCGGCUCAGCAUGAACGUGGGCGACCAGUUCCUGCUCAUGUACACCGCGGGCUUCCUGCAGAUCCAGCAGAUCAUGGAGAAGGGCACCGAGUUCUUCCUCAAGGUCAGUUCACCCAGCUGUGACUCCCAGGGCCUCCAUGCCGAGGAGACCACCCCGCCGUCAGAGCCCCAGAGCCCAGUCACCGGUGGAGGAGGAGGAGGAGGAGGAGGAGGAGGGAUGGGGAUGGGGAUGGGAGUUGGCAUUGGCAUGGGGGGCGCUGGCAUGACCAUGAGCAGGCCGGCCUCGUGCCUCACUCCCCUGCCUCUGGUGACCCGGGUGAAGACCGAACCGCAGCAACAGCAGCCGCAACCUCAGAUGAUUCAACCACCACAGCCUCAACCUCCUCAACCUCAGACCCCUCAGCACCAACAGCUACCCCAACAGCAACAACAACAACCGCAGCCUCAGCAGCAGCAGCAGCCUCAGCAACAACAACCACCACCACCUCCACCUCAACAACACCACCAACACCACCAAACAUCACAACAGCAACAGCAGCAGCAGCAGCAACCGCAGGAGCCCAAUGCCUACUCGGUGGUCUGCACCCCGGUGGCCAAGCGCCUCUGGGAAGGCGGCAGCAGUCGCGACGGGGGAGGAGGGUUGGGCGGAGGAGGAGGAGGCGGAGGGAUGAGGAAGGCCGCCCGUUUCUCCUCCCAAGAAUCCUCCAGGGUAGGGAACUCGUCCUCCAGCAGUGGAGGAGGAGGAGGAGGAGGAGGACUUGGUCCUGGAGGACCAGGAGGAGGAUCCAUUGCCCAGAGCGUGGUGAGCAUCCUGGGCCUCGGCGGUGGAAAUCUAGGUGGUGGUGGUCCCAACACAACCACACACAUCACCACACACAACAAUGGCUCCAGCAGCAACAGUAACAACAACAACAACAACAGCGUCAGCAGCCACCCUUCAGAAGGAACCAGCCCCGGCGCCCUCAGCAUCUACACCAGUGACUCUCCCAUCUCCUACCACGACGAGGAAGAGGAGGAGGAGAUGACGGAGGCCGACGCAGAAGAGCAGUACCGGCAGAUCUGCAACAUGUACACCAUGUACAGCAUGCUGAACGUGGGCGCCGCCACCGGGGAGGAGCUGAGGGGAUGGAUGGAGGGAUGGAGAGAAAGAGAAGUUGUCGGCGAGCGCGUGGAGGCGCUGCCCGAGCACCUGACCCAGGAGGCGAGGGGCGGGCGCGGCGGCGUGCGCGUGCGCAACGAGCUGUCGUCGCUGCCCGCCGAGCUCAUCGCGCAGAUCGGCAACCGCUGCCACCCGCGGCUGUACGAGGAGGGCGACCCGGCCGAGAAGCUGGAGCUGGUGUCGGGCACGGCCGUCUUCAUCUCGCGCGCCCAGCUCAUGAACUGCCACGUCAGCGCUGGCACGCGGCACAAGGUGCUGCUCCGACGCCUGCUGGCGUCCUUCUUUGACAGGAGCACGCUGGCCAACAGCUGUGGGACUGGCAUCCGCUCCUCCACCAACGACCCCAGCCGCAAGCCGCUGGACAGCCGGGUGCUCCACGCAGUCAAGUUCUACUGCCAGAACUUCGCGCCCACCUUCAAGGAGAGCGAGAUGAACGCCAUCGCCGCCGACAUGUGCACCAACGCGCGGCGCGUGGUGCGCAAGAGCUGGAUCCCCAAGCUCAAGCUGCUGAUGGCCGACAGCGAGGCCUACGCCAGCUUCCUCCCCGAGGGCCUCAAGCUGGACGCCGACGCCCUGGCGGCCGAGCAUGGGCUGGAGGCCGCCGCCGCCGCCGCUAUGGAGGGAGGAGCAGCGGUAGGAGGAGGAGGAGGUGGAGGAGGAGCGCCAGGGGACGCCGGGACGUCUGCAGCAGACGCCAUGCAGCAAGGCGAGCCUGGGGACGCUGGGGCGCUGUUCUGAUGGAUGGAUGGAUGGGUGGAGGGAAAGGAUGGAUGGAUGGGAACUUCGAAAAGAGGGAGGAACGAAUGGGUGUGUGAGCACUGCUUCGAUGGAGAGAGGGAGGAAGAGAGAGGUGGUAUGGCACCUUGAUGAAUGAAAGAAUGAAUGGGUGGGUACUACUUUGAUGGGAAGAGAAGAUAGGUGGAUCUGUGGAUGGAUGGAUGGAUGGAUGAAUG